GGAGAAUUUCUAAAACAGAAAAACAUCUGUGAACAGAAAAUAUGGCUGUUGACCAAGCAACGGUGUAUUUAGUUAUGAUGGCGAUUGUAGGCAUAAUCAUGUUACUUGCCUCGAUAUUCUGCAAAGAUAACAGUAAAGGAAAGCGUGGAGAAAGAGAUGGAGGGAGACAGCCAGCAGCCAGGGCUAGAGAUGAGAAUCUCCCUGCGGGGGUCAGAAGGAGGGGGAGAAGAAACAGAAUGGCCAAUCGAGGGGACGAGUCUGAUGAGGAUGAGUUGCCCAACGACCCUGAUGAAUUUAAUCCAUUUGAGGAUUUCGAGGGAGAAGAAAAAAAGAUCGGAAAGAAGAAGAUGCUGAAGCUGCAGGCCAAGGAGGAGAGAAAACAGCAGCGAUUGGCAGAGGAGGAGGAAAGAAAAGAGAAAAAAGAGCGUGAAGCACUCCUAGAAAAGCAACGGAAAAAGCAGGAGGAGAUAGAAAAAGCCGAGGAGGCCGCCAGGGCUGAGGAGGAGAGGAUUCGUAAAGAGGAGGAGGAGAGAAGAGAACAUGAGGAGUACCUGAAGAUGAAGGAGGCCUUCAGUGUAGAGGAAGAGGGGGAGGAGGAUAUAGGACCCGACCUCACUUCACAGUCACUUCUUCAAGAAUUUAUAGACUACAUUAAGGAAAUGAAGGUUAUUAUGCUUGAAGAUCUAGCUGCCCAUUUUAAAAUCAAGACCCAGGAUGCUGCCGAUCGAGUUAAAGAGCUACAGACUGAAGGUCGUUUGACCGGGGUCAUGGACGAUAGAGGAAAAUUCAUAUUUAUAACAGUGGAGGAACUGGAAUCUGUGGCCAAAUUCAUAAAACAGCACGGCAGAGUGUCUAUAUCAGACUUAGCGGAGUCCAGUAAUCGCUUAAUUAACUUAAAUCCCGACAAUGCAGAGGUUCAGAAGAGACUUCUGACGGAAGUUAGUGCCUAAAGUCUGUGAUUGUCUAUGUGCCUGUGAUAGGAGAAUAAUAAGGGGGACAAAGAAAAGGACCAACUGUGGAAUCGUGUAUUCAAAAUCUGUUAAAAAAAUCUCAU